AAAAGCCACAGAAAAUCUGCUUCCUAAAUGACAAUUUUGUCCUUCAUUUUUAAGGAUUUAAACCAAAUUUGAGCAGAAAUACUUUGAGUUAGCAGCUUUGCCAUAUAUCUAUAAAUCAUUUCCAGCUAAGCUAUUUUACUACUGAAAGGUUUACUGAUUGGUUUUUUCCUAUUGCUAUUUAUAUAUAUUGCAUUUUUUUACUAAAAGCUGCUUUUUUGUACCACAGAUAUUUAAAUAAAAAAAAACAACUCAUUUGUGACCACAUAUAUAUUUAGUUGUUUUACUUACCUGCUCCCAUGAUGCCGUUUUUAGAACAGGGAUUGAUCUACCUCAGAAAUAUUAUUAGCUAAAGAGAGAUUUAUUUUUUUCUAUAGAUUUUUUUUAUUAUUAUUUUAUGCAGAUAUAUAUUUUUUCAUGUAAACCGGUGAUUUUUUUAAAUUGAGAAUAUGAGAGCUAAACAGAAGAAUCAAUGCAGAAAAAAGAGGAUAUCGGACGCUACCAGAGGAUUGUUACAUAACGAUGACGAUGUUACAGAAGACUUAAUAAAAUUAAAGCGGAAGGAGAAAAGCCGAGAAGCAGCUCACAAGAGCAGGAAAAAACACACAGAACGAGCCGAUGCUCUUCAUCAGGAAUUUCAGAGAUUAGAAAAAGACAAUGCGGCACUGCAAAAGGAAAUCCAAAGUCUGCAGCAACAACAGCUCCACUGGUCGCAGAUCUUAAAGGAACACGAGGCAUCAUGUUUACUUAUUUCUACGGAGGAUAUUUUAGAGUUUCUUGAAAGUGUAAACGUGUCAUGCUUGCUAGAAGAGCCGAUGCCAACAGCUGACUAAUAUUUAUUUUUGUAUUGAUUUACGUUUUUGUUUGCUGCUAAACAUGUUUGCACUUAUAAAUCCAUUAAGUGUUUAUCAUAAAACCAUGAGAUUUGGUUCCCUAA